UUUCCGGGAUAUCAGCUCCAGACAGCAGUGUUUAUAAGAGCAGUGAAGAGGAGAGAUCGUUUGGCUCUUUUUUAGUGCAGUCUGCUCACAGGUGGUCCCAGGAUGUCAGAGGUGAGAAUCACAGAGGGGUCGGUGCAGGUGGAGGGCUGCAGUGCGCCGCUGUUUUUCAGACAAAGUGAACCUGUCACCGUGGCGCCCAGACUGUCUGUGCUGCUUCUCCACGGCCUGCGCUUCACCUCUGAAAACUGGCUCAAGAUCGGCACUCUGGAGGCUCUGGCUAAAGCGGGCUGUCAUUGUGUGGCUGUGGACCUGCCAUAUCUUGGCCGGUCUAUAAAAGUCGAGGGCCCAGCACCCCUUGGACAGCUGGUCCCUGCACAGUUCCUGAGAUCCCUGUGUGAGAGUCUGGGUCUGGCUCCUGUUGUGAUCAUCAGCCCCUCUUUAAGUGGAUCACACUCUCUCCCUUUCCUCAUAGAGCAUCCUUCCAUGGUCCGAGCGUACAUCCCUGUGGCCCCGAUUUGCACGGAGAAAUUUACAGCCGAACAAUACCAAAGUGUCAAGGUUCCAACUCUGAUCGUCUAUGGAGAGAGGGACAUGAUUCUCGGAAAAGAAGUGGUGAAAAACUUGAAGAAUCUGACCAAUCACAAAGUAGUUGUGAUAAAGGAUGCGGGGCAUCCAUGUUACCUGGACAAUCCAGACAUAUGGCACAAAGAGCUCUUAGACUUUAUAUCUACACUAUGA